AUACUCCUCCUUCCAUUUUUUAUUCCACACCACCCUGGGAGGUGGAUGGUUGUUAUAUUACCUUUUGGAAAUUAAAAAGGAUUAAGUCUAUAAUGUUAUAACAUGAAAAGAAAAGGUACAUCAAAUCAUUUGUCAAAGGCCUGGAUUCUACCUGCAGCCCUCACACAGUGGUCACUUCGUCAGGCCAGGCAGGAGGAGGCAGGCAUUAUGUCAUCAAGAUAGAGUGCAGGAUCAGCACCAUGGUUGGCAGGACCAGUAGCAUGGUCCUGGUGAUGGCAGUGGACACCAUGUUGCCUCAGUGCUUCUGUUGGGUGGCUUUGGAGCAGGAAGCCUUGGACUCCAUUUCCCAUAAAAAAGCCCCCCCAUGGCUCCAAGUUGGGCUGAAUGCAUACACCUCCGUGGCCCUACAUGCGUGAACAAUGCCAGUGAAUAUAAUUCACCAUCAUCAGAGCUUUGGGCAAUGACUAUGACAUCUUGAGCAAGGGAGAUGGUGCAUAUGGGAAAAGAUAGCAUACAGGGAAGGGAGAACCCAGAAUCUAGAGGCAGAAGGAUGCCAAGGGUCUCCCUCCCCUGCCCAAAUUGCCCACGGUGGAAACACUCGUCCACUUCCCUGUUCCUUGAAAAGUGAAGGCCUCCCAUCUCCACAUUUCUCCACAUCACCAAAUCCAGGUCCAGGCUCCAGCCCUCUCCACCUACUCUCCCCAUGCUCCAUGGCACCAGAAUGAUCUCAGCCCUAGGAUCUCAGUUGCGUUCAUUCCCCUCCAUUAGCAUGAUCGCCGUGUGUACUUUCCACUUCUGCCUCGGUGAACAUGGUGCAGAAAUCACUGGCUCUCCAUGCCCUCGCUCCUCAUUCCAUCAGCCCAUUGAAUGAUUGCAGAGAAUGGCCUCAAAUCCUCUUGGACCCCAAGCUGCCACAUGUUCCCACUCUCCAGAAGAGUGGAGAGCUGAGGAUACAGGACACUGAACAAACAGCCCAUUCUUUUCAGCUUCCCACCUUUCACCCAUCCUCUCAUUAGCACACAAACAUUGUGGCAGGCAGAGCUGAAUUCAGCAUCUCGCUCUAAUGCAUGCAUGUGAGGACCCAUAUGGAUGCACAUUGAUGCGUGCUACUGUGUCUGUGUGGAUGAAUGUAUGUCCAUAUGGUGUCCAUGAAUGUAUGUGAGGUCAUGCAUAUACCUCUCUCAAUAGGUGUGUUGAACAUUGGAGUCUCAUGGGUAGGCUUCCAAAUAGAGAAGACCUCGUCUGUGUCUACACUUGUGAAAUUCUAACCCCAUGUGAAGCUCUAAUCUUGCAUUUCCUUUUUGUUUCUUUUGUUCAUUGUUGGCUUGCAUGGAUUUGAGACAGAAUCUCUUGCCUAGGUCAGACUAGCCUUGAACUUGGUAUCCUCCUCCCAGAAGCUCCCACUGCAGGAAUAAGAGGUCUAGACAAGGACAACUGGUUGGCAGUUUAUUCUGUCUAGACACAAUGUACAGGGGCUGAAUGUCUACAAGAGUGCAGUGAAAAUGAUGGACACCAGCUCUAGGGUUCCCAAGCCUUGGAUGGACACAGAGUCCUUUCAGUGUAUGACAUCCUCAAGCAGGUGCUGGAUGGAAGCCCUAGGAGUGAGUGGGUGACUGGAGGAGGCAGGCAAGCACAGGCACUUGUACAUGGGGAGACAAUUAAACUGGAAGGAGGGAUCGGAUGUGAACCCAGUGUGUCCUCAUAACCACAACAUUAACUGGACAGAGGACAGAGGUUGGAGUGUGUCUAGUUUUUCUCCUGACCUGCCACGGGGCCCAGCCAGCACUCAGGGGCCAUUUGCAGAGGUCUGGUCUGAGGCUGAGGCUCAGAAAAGGGGACCUCCAUUGGUGCUGUCAUCUCCGGAGAUGAUGUCAAAAGGGCCAGGUUACCAGCACCCACAUUGCUGUGCAGCUGAGCCAGCUCAGUUGUAUGGAAAGCUGAGGGGCAGCAGGCUGUUUUCCUGCUGUUGCCUGCUAUUCCGCAGAACAACUCCACAGAGAGAGUUUGAUUAUAGUUCGCAGGCGCUGGGUAAUCCCCUGUCCGGGUCACCUGAGCAGAACUCCACCAUGCAUCCCACAGGUGAAUCAAGGAGGAGGGAGGGUGAGUCCUCUCACCUACUACCUUCUGGCAGCCUCAGAUCCCAUAUGUGGGUACAUUCAUGAGUGUGUGUGUGUGUGCACGCAUGCCAGCCCAGCCCAGGCUAUUUUCAUGGUAUGACCCCAAUCCUUUUCCCAGUGUGCUGCUGUUUCCAUGUUUGAACUGUGUCUCAUUUCUUCACCCCAGUUUGGGUGGGUUUUAGCUCCAACUGAUCCUGAUCCCUGCAAGGCAGGAUACCUGCAGGGAGGCAAAGCGGAGAAGCUAGUAGACUACUUAGUGCCUGCCCUGCUCUUCGGAGCUGCCUUGUUUAUCCCAGUAUUUCUGGGGGACAUACCACACUUUCAUGACUGCCCAUCCGUAUUGAACCUGCUUUUCAAUAGGUAAGCGCCACCUCUGAUCCUUGGGACAGGCCCACUGGCUAGGCCUUGGCAUGUGCUGCACCAGUGCGGAUCUGCUUGGAUCCUGGCUACUGGCAUGCUAGGACUAACAUCCUCACUGCCUGAGGCUGGAGUGGUGGGAUGGGCCCUGAACAGGCCUGUCCACAUCAUGACCUUACACCCCAGGGAGCACAGGGCUGUGGGUGGGCUGGGAGAAGCCCCUUCUCUCAUUGAGGCCUCCUAUGAAUAAGACCUCAAGAAAAGCAUUUUCCAAAUUGACAGUGGUGGUUGAUAUCCCAUAUGGGUGUCCUGACCUAUGUGAACCUCACUAGGAAGCACAAGGGAAACCCUGACAGACCCUGUGCUAAUUCCAGUGUGUGGGAGGAAGGUACUGGGCUCAUCACCUUGUAUGGGGAUGCAUUUCUAGACACUUGGAACCACUCAGUGAAAAGAACAGGGAAAUCGUUGUUAUCCUGAGUUCCAUCCUGUGCCCAGAGAAACCACUGGGACUGUAGACUUCACAUGUAGACACAGUGCAUGUGACAUUCUCAUGUUGACCCCUAGGUACAGCCAUUUCCUUGAUUAUGAGGAGAAGGCAGGUGUGCAGGAGCACCUGCAGCAGUGAGUGUGUCUGGGGGAGGAGGGAAGGCAUGUGUCAUCAUGGUGGGUGCAGUGGAGAGCUGGCCUUGGAGAGGCCUGGGCAAAGGGAAAUAGCAGCCACUCCUAAAGGAAUGCUCAAGUCCAGGUAGAAAUGUGUCCACGCAGGGAGUUAGUUUGGCUUGUUCUGUACUUGAGAGUGUGGGAGAAGCCUCUGGCACUGUGACCAGCCAGUCCCAUGUGCCUGCCCUGGGAAACCUCAGGACCACACAGAGCAGCGAGGCCUACACUGUGCCGUCAUGGACAAUCCUCUAGGAUUCUGUGAGUGCAUAAGGGCCAGGGUGUGCUGUUUUGGUUGAGAGUCAGGCAAAGACCAGUCACACAUGGCUCUAGGACAUUGAGGCCUCUAGAGGCUACAUGAGUGAGGACAUUCUGGGUUCUGGGGACAAGGCACCCCAGGGCUGACAGUUUGAGGAGCAUGCCCAGGGAUACCAGGAGCUGGGUGUGGGUGGGGGGUUUUACCUGUGAUGUAGGUGGAGUAGCAACCCUUGUGUAGACAAGGUCUUUAGUGCAGCCAGGUGACCAGGCCUGCCAUGGGCUAUGGAAUGGAGCAGGCCCAGGAGCCCAGCUCCCACACCUGUGCUUGAGGGGGGUCUGAGAGGAGGAGAGGCCCAACCUCUAACUCUGCUGCUUCUCCCACUACAUCUAGAGCUUUCAUUCAUAUUGGGCUCAUGGAUGAGGGAGUACCCAGAGGAUUUCACUGAAGCACUGGACAUAUCUGCCUGCAACACAUGGUAACAUAUCUAAACUGCAAUGUGCCUGGCUCUGUGGAGGAGCAGCAGGCCCACACAUGCAUCCCAAGCAGCCAGAGCUGGAGGGUGAGUAGCAUGGGCUGGCAAAGGACAGAACAGGUGGGGGAUUCCAAGCUUUCUCCACCUGAAGGCAGCUCCCAGCCUACCAUGGUGCCCUCAUCAGGACAGUCCAGGAGCCUGGAUGGCUUGGCAUGAAACCUGUCCUUGCUAGGCUUCCUGGGGUUGAGUCCAGGGACCAGGGCUUCUCAGCAGGCAGGGGUCUCGUGGCCUUAGGAAUGACUGAGGGGAGGGCAGUGCUGUAGGAGAUCGUUGCUUGCAGCUGUUCCACCAGCUGCAAGGCUUGAUGAGAAAACCAGUGUACAAGAGUCACCUGAACCACUGGAUCCAACACUCCGCAUAGAAGCAGGGCUACCAUGACAGAGCUGGAACUAGCUGCAGCCUCAGAGGCCCCCUCAGCUCCAGGAGCUGCAGUGGAGCUCCAGCGAGAACCCAAGGCAGACGGAUGUUCUGACUCACCUGCACCAUCUUUGACUGAAGAGAUGAAGCCACCUGCAGGGAAGCCAAUGGCCCACAGCCUUCCACCAUCAACAGCAUCAAGAAUGGAUCUUGACCUGCAAUAUGCAGAUCCUCUCUCAGGUGAAAAAACAGUGGCUGCUCCCCCAUUGCCAGCGGCACUGAGCCCAGUUGCUCCAAUAGCUUUAGAGCCAGCAAUUGAUGUGCCAGUGCAUGCAAGAGAAGACAGGAUGUCAGUGCCCACUCCAGAACCCCAAUGGCCUAAAGACCAGACUGACCCAGUUCUACCACACAUCUAAGAAGGAGAAGCAUCUGCAGUUCAACCAGAGGCCCCAAAGCCCACUGCAGGGAACAGCUCAGGGCCAGAGCUAGAGGCUGCAGGAGAGGAAAGAUGGGAGUCUGCUCUCCUUGCACCUGGGGAGCAAGUGGAGUCUUGCCCGCUUGCUGAAGAGGCUGACUGCCUUGAGCCUGUUGCUGAGCAGCCAGAGCCACCCGCACAGGAACCUCUGCCACCCAACCGGGAUGUAGCACCCAUCCCAUCUGCACAACUGGACACUGAUGCAGGCUUAGGAGGGGACUCUCAUCCAAUUAAUGACUUGGAUGAAGACCAUGAGCUGCCAGUGGCUGAAGACACCAAUGGUGCUCUGCCCUGUGCUGCCGAGCCAGAGCCUGCACACCUGCCAUCUAGCAAGGCAGACAAGCCAGCUGUUAUGCACCCAGAUCCCUGGGACUGUUGUGACAUGGGAGAUUUGCAGAUUUCCUCCAGGGAGCCAGCCUUGAUUUCGAUGAUGGAGUCAGACCAUGAUGAGGACACAGCUCACGUACUAGAGCGGUUGCCCGACCUGAAGGUGAAGCAGUUGUCCCUCAUGGCGGUGAAACUGUUCAAAGGGCUGAUCCCUGAGCAAUGCUUGACUUACCUAUAUGCUCAACCUGACCACGAGGAGGGUCUGGAGCACCUGGCACCCACUGUGCUGGCCAUCCUGGAGCACUGUGAAAAAUUGCACACCUGUGUGAUCAGCACAUGCCUCGGGGACCACAGCACAGAGGCAGCAGAGAGGGCCCAGGUGUUGGAGCACUGGAUAGACGUAGCUUUGGAGUGCCACCUUGUAAGGAACAUCUGCACCCUCAUUCCCAUCAUGUGUACUCUGCAGAGCAGCCAGCUCCAAGGCCGGAAGAAGACGUGGGGGUUGGUUGGUUGGCAGGAGUAUCCCGAGGGCACAGUCCCUUACCUGGGCACCAUCCUCACUCACCUGGCCUCACUGCACAAAGACAAACAUUCAAAAGAUGAAUACAAACUGAUUGCACUCAUGAAGAAACUGCAGCGCACAUGUGAGGAGCUCCACGUGGUUCCUGACAUGAACUUCGUAUCUUGGUUUAACAAUAUGAACAACCUAGGUGAAUUGGAAAGCUCCAAGCUCUCCAGGGAGCUGGAGCCUCCCCGCAGGGCAGGCUUCCUGAGCUGGAACAACAAGAGGAGCCCUCCCCUGAGGAAGUCCUCCAGAAAUUCCCAGGCGUCAAGCAGAGAGCUCAGCAGCAAUAGCAGCUCCCAGUUGGAGACCUGUGAGCAGCUCAGCAGUGGGAGUGGCAGCCACACACCCAGCUUGUACUGGGGCUGCUCACCCAAGCCUUGUGCACACUGCAACCCAUUAUAUCAGUCUGCCCCAAACAUCUGCGGGGCAAACAUGAUGACAGAAGAUGAGGGCAUCUUGCCGUACCUGAGCUCCCAGACCUCCAGCAGAACUGGGCAUCGGGCCCUAUCCUAGGCUGCCCUUUCUUCAACUGAGAUGUCUGCACUCCAACCAUCGAAAAUCACAUUGUCCAGUGCAUCGUGGGAAAUGCAUUGCGCAAUGGGCAGAGUUUCAAAUGUCAUGGAUUUCCCGUUGGGGAGGGUGGGCAGGUGAUUUAGGUUAAAAUAUUAAGUUGAAACACUAA